AUGGCUAUUUCGGAUCCUUUGGUAGGUUUAAAUACUCAAAACAAUAAUAAUCAAGUCAAUGAUCCCUUGUUUUUAGCCAGUUCUGAUCUUCCUGGAAUGAUGUUAACCAAUACACCUUUCAAUGGUACUAAUUUCUUUGGGUGGAGUUGUACUAUUCAGAUGGCACUUGGUGCUAAUAUGAAGUUAGGUUUCAUAGAUGGUUCAACUAAAAAACCAACAAACUCUCAUGUUGAUUCUGGAAGAUGGAUUAGGUGUGAUUAUAUGGUGAUUUGUUGGAUAUUGAACUCUAUGACAGCUAAGAUAUCUGAGGCCUUCCUUUAUGCUAAGUCUGCAAAGGAAUUGUGGACUAAAUUGAGUGAGAGAUAUGGCCAGAGUAAUGGACCACUCAUCUAUCAUGAUGAAAGAGAGUUGAGCAAGGUUAGUCAAGGUGAUCUUUCAGUGGCUGCUUAUUAUAAUAAGAUGAAGAGGUUUUGGGAUGAAUUGACAAGUCUACAUGGAAUUCCAAUUUGUACAUGUGGAAAAAUGCUAAGAGUGUAG